UUCAGUGUUCAGGCGAUGGACUUAUCCCUCUCGCGAGGUCACAAUAUACCCUUCGAGUUUCUUCCGCAGUCCAAGCUACUUGGGGGCUCAUCAAACCAUUUUCAUAAAGCGAGUCCUAGUUGAUCGAUGCACAAAUGCUUAAUCCUUCUCCCAAAUCUUCUCAGAAACUCAGUGCUGAGAGGUCUCAGCCUGCGUGUCCAUUGUCGAAUUCAUUCGCUUCAGAGUUGCUCCUCACCUCCUCAUAAUGGCGUAGACGAUGAAGUUGAGCCUUCGGUUCCGGUGGAAAUCUUCAAAUCAGGUAUCCAAGCGGGUUCUUACAAAUUGGGCGAUUCGAGUUUCUAUUCACUCAUUGAAAAUUAUGCGAUUUCCUGCGAUUUUAGGUCCCUGGACAGGGUCUUGGAUCAAAUGAAGCGUGAACGGAGAGUUUUCCUGGAAAGGAAUUUCAUUGUUAUGUUUAAAGCUUGUGGGAAAGCGCAUUUACCUGAAAAGGCGCUGGAGUUGUUUCAUAGAAUGGGGAAAGAAUUUCAAUGUAGGCAUACUGUAAAAUCAUUCAACUGUGUUCUUAAUGUCAUUAUUCAAGAGGGUCUGUUCACUCGUGCCAUGGAGUUUUAUUUUGAUGUUUUUGCAACCAAGGGUUUGAACAUACAUCCAAAUGUACUCACUUUCAACUUAGUUAUCAAGGCCCUGUGUAAGCUGGGUUCAGUUGACAAGGCUAUUGAAGUGUUCAGAGAAAUGCCACUCAAGAAUUGCACUCCGGAUACAUAUACAUACUGUACACUAAUGGAUGGGUUGUGCAAGGAGAGUAGAAUCGAAGAUGCCAUUUCUCUACUGGAUGAGAUGCAAAUUGAAGGUUGUUUCCCAAACCCCAUCACAUUUAAUGUGUUGAUUAAUGCAUUGUGCAAGAAGGGUGACUUAGCACGUGCAGCCAAGCUUGUUGAUAACAUGUGUCUUAAAGGCUGCGUCCCAAAUGAGGCCACUUAUAAUGUCCUGGUUCAUGGAUUGUGUCUCAAAGGUAAGUUGAACAAGGCAGUUAGUCUAACGAGUCAAAUGCUAUCAAAUAAAUGUGUGCCUAAUGAUAUUACUUAUGGAACACUCAUUAAUGGGUUUGUUAUGCAAGGCAGAUCUGUUGAUGGGGUUCAUGUAUUAUCCUCAAUGCAAGAAAGAGGUCACGGUGGGAAUGAGCAUAUUUACUCAUCCCUUAUUAGUGGGUUGUUCAAGGAGGGAAAAUCCGAGCUUGCAAUGCAACUGUGGAGAGAAAUGGAAGAAAAAGGAUGCCAACCAAAUAUUGUCGUGUUCAGUGCUUUAAUAGAUGGUCUUUGCCGAGAAGGAAAGCCGGAUGAUGCAAGGGAAGUUUUAUGUGAGAUGAAGAGUAAAGGAUGUGCACCCAAUUCUUUUGCUUAUAACUCCCUAAUGAAGGGUUACUUUGAAAAAGGUGAAAGUCAUAAAGCUAUUCAUGUGUGGAAAGAGAUGGAAGAUAACAAUUGUAAUCAUAAUAAAGUCUGUUACAGCAUACUAGUUGAUGGCUUGUGCAAGCAGGGGAAGCUUAUGGAGGCCUUAAUGGUGUGGAAGCAGGCUCUGAGUAGAGGAAUUAAAUUAGAUGUUGUGGCUUACAGUUCAAUGAUUCAUGGUUUUUGCAAAGCUCAGUUAGUAGAACAAGGCAUGAAACUUUUCCAGCAGAUGCUUUGUCAAGAAUCUGAAUCACAACCAGAUGUGAUUACAUACAACAUUCUCUUGGAUGCUUUGUGCAUGCAGAAUAGCAUCUCCCGUGCUAUUGGUCUUUUAAAUAUUAUGCUGGAUCAGGGUUGUGACCCUGACUUAAUUACAUGCCAUAUUUUCUUGAGAACUCUGAGGGAGAAAGUAAACCCACCUCAAGAUGGGAGAGAGUUUCUAGAUGAGCUUGUAGUCCGGUUAGUUAAGCGACAUAGAAUAAAAGGUGCUUCCAAAAUUAUAGAAUUGAUGCUGCGUAAGUAUUUGCUUCCAAAGGGUUCUACUUGGGCCAUAGUUGUUCAAGAGCUUUGCAAACCUAAGAACAUUCGAAAAGCUAUUAACGAAUGUUGGAGCAGGCUGUAUUGCUGAUUUUUUUUAGAGCCUUUGUUUCCAACUCUCUUGAAGCUUAGAGACUCCAAAUCCAGUAAUUUGUCAAGGUCAAAACUCUUACUCUUAUAAACAUCCAUGCUAGGUCGUGUUUGCUGCCUGGUAACAUUCAAUGAAGAAGUUAAACCAAGAGAGAAUACAGAAGCACCUAUAGGUUGACUCUCACGUUGGACAGAGCUUGGAAAGAGUAGCCUUUUGUCAGAUAAACUUCUUUAAAUUUGCCGCUUGCAAAGUUGAAUGUACUCUAAGGCAUCAAAUAUGAACUUGCUUAUAUGUGGAGAGUGGAUUAUGGAGUACGCACAACUGACAUUCCUCAUUUCUAGCUUCGUAGUUUUCUUUACAUCUCUGUCGGAUUUGGCUAAUGUAUUUCCCUUGCCUGAAGAUGCCUUCUGUGAUAGUCUGAUUUGCAAUUAUUCAAAUGAUCCUUUAGAAAGAAGUGGAGCAGAGUGUAAGGCGAUCCUUAGACCAGAUGAGAACAGCUAGGGAGGACGAUACAUUAACUCAUGAAGCUUUAAACCAACUCUCCUUUCCAUCAUGGAUUUCAAGGAGGACAAUACCCAGGUCAAUUUCAAGGAGAUUAUGAUCCUGGGAGGAUUAUUUGAUUGGAUAUGGAAAAUUUAUUGAAGAGGUGCUAUUUGCAUUCUCCAUGUCUCUUCAACUGAAACACAAGACUCAUGAAGCACAAGACUUAGUGUAGAAUCUGCUUCUACCCGGUUUUAUGAAGCACAAGACCUGGCAUGUUUGUAUAAUGAAAAUAAGAGAACAAAGCGGUUCCUGGGAAGGCUACCAUGCAUUUCACGGUAUCUCCUAUCCAAAUAACUGAUGCUUAAUCGAAGUUGGAUAUUUUGGAAACAUAUUUAUCUUAUCCUCUGUGGCUCAAAGUUUGGCUAGCCGCUAGCCUUUACAGGUUCGCUUUGUAAGAAUCUUGGAAAAUCAGUUCAUUCUAUAGCAGAGCGAAAUCCAGGAAAUCAAUCUGUGAAGAUUUUGGCAUUGACAUUGUAAGAUUCAAAUAUACCUAUUGGAAAGCUAUUAGAUGUGAUCUAAUAUUGAGAGCAGUGGAUAAUUGUUAAGAAAUAUUGUUUAAUUUUUUUUUUUCCUAGAACAUCCUCAUAGCUAGCAGCUGUAAAACUAAUUUUUUGAGAAAUCUGAACAUCAUUAAAAUGGUUGUCUUCUUCCA